UAGUCGAAAUCAGAAUCAAAUCAACACUUCUUGAGUGUGAAAUAACCAAAAAAUCCUUUUCUACACUACUCCGUAUCCUUCUCCGCUUUAAGCACCAAACAUGAAGUUCGUCAUUGCCGUAGUCAUGUUGGCCUUGGCCGUUGGCGCUCACUCCUCCUUGUUAGCCGCACAAAUUGCACCAGGAGUCUCAUACAUAAACCCUGUCGUACCUGGAUCUCUAUUGGGACUUGGUGGUUGGGCAGGACCAACCGUAUUGGGCGGACCAGCUACUGUUACUGCUUGGGGUGGCAUCGCAUCCGGCUUAUUGCGUGGCAUUCCCGGCAUCUCACUUAGUCAAGGACCACUUGGUGCUGCUAUUGCGGCUCCCAUUGCUGCACCACUUGUGUCACCUAUUGCUGCUUCACUUGCUGCGCCACUCGGUACUGGUCCUGGUGUUUAUGUAGCGAAGACUCGUGGUGCUAUCCACACCGCGCCUUUGCCUGGUCAUCUGAACUCGGCUACAUCUGUAAAUGUGGCACCAGCACCGGGUACUUGGUAAGCAGGUCUAAGAACCCUGUCAGCUCAACAAAAAAGAUCGCGGCAAGGACCACUCAUCUGUACAAUAAUAAGCACUUGUGAACAACUAAUGAACCUAGAAACCCACGUCAGUAUAACCAAUAUAUAUAUAUAUAUAUAUAUAUAGCAGAUUUAUGAUUUCAUAUAAAAUAAAUAAUAUACAUUGAAAUGAAUACAUACAUUCGCACAAACAUAAAACUAAUUUUAGAGAACGUUAAAAGACUUGGAAACGCAAAGUUGGGAUUUACAUAUAUAUUCCACACCAAAACUUGUAUUUGUAGUUUGCAAAUAUUUAUAGAAUUUACAACUGUUCAUUUUCGGAUUAAAAAGUGUUGAAAUACUAGAAAAAAGUAAUAACUACAACCCAAAUACUUUCCCGCUUUCCAUUAUAACAGCUUAUGAUUAAAUAUUUUUUUUGGUUAAA